GCGCGGCUGUACGGGGUGUCGGGGACCCACAGCUGACCGGCAGGCCUGCGGGAGGGGAGGGGCGGUGCGGAUUGGCGUCCGGUUAGGCUGUUAAAGAGCGGACGGUCUUCCCAUCCUGCCAUGGGCUCUCAACUGAGCGGCGGCCAGGGCGCCUCGGAGCAGGCGCAGCCCCCGCCCCCUCCCCCGCCAGGGCCAGGGCCCCGGCCCGAACCCGGCCCGUGGGGGCAGCUAGAGGACGUGCGCUUUCUCAUCGUCUGCACCCCCUGGUACUGAUGUGAGCUGCCGCCGCCCCGUCCUCAUGCUCCUCCAGCCUGGCAGAACCCUUGUCUUCUCUCUCCACGCAGUGUUUCUUGGACCCUCAACGCCGGUGCCGGGAGACAGGAAGACAAUUCGGAGAGGUCGUGGGGGCUGGAAGUUCCCCCAGAGCUGCCUUGGGCUUACCGGCUCCAUCUAACCUCGAACAACCCCGAACUUCCAUUGCUAGCCUGCACCCUAACGCAGCUCCGAUCUUCGUGUUCAACACCUCCCCUCUCCACCUGUCUGGUCCUGUACAGAGCCAGAUCCAGGCCAGGCUUUCUGGUAAGACCCUGAGGCUGAUGAACACCUGCUCUGUCUGACGCUCACUGCUAGAACUGAGCUCCUACCUGCGGCCCAGGCCUGAUGCCAUGUGCAUUGACUUAGAGACGUCAUUACCCGAGCAGCUGCUCCCCACCCGAGGAUGACUGAGUGGUGUGGCAGAUAAGGCAUCCCGAAGCACUCCCUCCUGAAUUAAGCCUACUCUUAAACCUGUUCUUUGUGCUCAUACCCCAGCGAAAUGACACACUGUAUAUUUUUGUUUUAUUUAGAAAUGAUUUAAAAAACAUUAUACAAAGGCUGAUCAGUUUAAAAUGUGACCGACAUGGAAAUGUGAUGUUCCCCAGGCUGAGGGGGCUGGGCUCUAGGGCCCCCCGGUGCUUUGCUCCUCUGACUGCCCUGACCUGGGGCGAUGGACAAAUGGGUGACCACAGGCAGGAGAAUCCGAGAUUGGAGGCCUCUCGGCUGAGCCCACGCCGGGCCUGGCCCUGCAUCCCUCACAUCUGCAGCUUGGGCUGCCUGCCUCCAUCUCCUGCUCUUUCUUAGCUGGCCUUGUAGUACCAGGAAGCCAUGGGGAGCCUGGGGAGCCUAGAGCUUUCAAGAAGUGAGAGCACCAACCUGAGGAGUGGAGUGGGACCAGGAAGAGGCAGGGAAGGAGGCUAGGAAGGGAUGGACAGAGGAGACAGUGAUCUAGAGAGGUCCACAGAUGGGACAUAAGACCUAGCCAGCCCACUGGGUGGUCCAAGCAGGUAACAGAACCUCUCUGUGCUUCAUCGGAGGGUAUGAUAAAAGUUACCCUUGGCCUCUCAAGGGCCUACAUGAGUUCCAUGUGAGUGGACAGGUGUGAGCUAAUAAAGUGCUUUGCAAAGUAUAAAACGCUGUACAAACCUAUGUAUCACUAAUAUCUCUGCAGUUGUUCCCCGCCUGCCCCAGGGAGCCUGCCCUUGGCCAAAAUGAGAAAAAACAGAAUGACGAUGACGGGGGGGCACAGUGGAACUAACAUGGGAGCCUCUGGGACAGGAGAUUUUACUUGACAGUUCCCAAGGCAGCAGGAGUCCCUGUCUUUGCUACAGGCUAAGCCGACCCAAAGUUCAGAGGCCACAGGGUAGGGACAAGGCCCAUGCAGGCUCAGAGGGUAAGGGUGGCAUCUGAGACCCUGCCAGCACCCUGAAGACUGCCUGAUGCUGCUUUUUGGCUUUGGCAGAGAGCCAGUGAUCAUCACUGCACCCUUUGGUCUUGCGUAGGGCUUCUCAGUGACAAAGCAGGGCUCCCUCUGCUAGACUGGAGCGAGUCAGGCUGAGCCCUAGGAACUCCUGCCAGCAAGUGAAGAGUGGGCCCAAGAAGGUAAAAAAGGGAGGCCCCUAGAUUUGGGGCUGCUACCAGUUGGGGUACCCUUUUCCUAAGAAUGAAUGCAGGAAAAUGGGCCCAGUAAGCUAGAUUGCCAGGGCCAAGAUCAUAGCAUAAACACGGCUUCUGGAUUGAGAGAUUGAGUUGCCUCAGGGUUGCUGGAGAUAUGGGCAUUAAGUACUUCAGAAGGCCGCACCUUGCUCCGAGGCCAUGACUGUGGUGGUCAUCUCUAGAGCCAUCUCUCACCUAACUAGUCAGGCUACAAGCAGGAGGCUGGGGCUGGGCUCAGGGUUAAUGGAGAAGGGCAUGGAGGAUGACCACAAACUCGGUCCAGCCUCUGGAAACAGGGUCAGUUCCUGCCCCAGUUCUUGAGCCUCAUGAGAGGACCUCAGUUAAUUCUGGGAUGCUAGCAUGGCCUUAGCAGCACCUUGGUCCUUAUCGCCUGGGGGAAGGCUACCACCACGCUGGCCUCAUCACUAAGACAAUCACCUCUAAUUCAUCUAAAGCCUUAAGCAGCCUUUGCAAAAUGGGACUUGAAACAGUAGUGACAGGACAUUUAAAUAUUCACGAUAUGACAUCUGGGUCCUUGUUAGACCCAGCUGGGUCACAGCCCCGCCUGCAGCAUGUGACUUUAAAUCCUGGGUCACAGAGGAGACUUGACAAGUGGAUCAGGGUUCCUGAAGAAUCUGCCAUUUGCCAGCAGGAGAAACCCAGGCUUGUUGCCCAUCAUGUUGGCAGCAGGGGUCCUGUAGCCUUGGAGGACAGUGGGGGUAAGGGUAGAGGGACAUCUGACCAGCAGGUGUUGGCAGAAGGUGACCGGGACUAGUGGCAUCUCCCAGGUGGGGGAUGUGAGCUAGUGCUGGCUUGCCACAGAGGGUGCUGGGUCCCAGCCAGGACCAGAGCUGUGGUAUCUCAUGGAUACCACAGGGUACAGUGACCAUAGGGGCUCCUCCUGGUAUGGUCCCUGCCUCCUGAUAGGCCCUGGCCUAUUCCCUUGAGAUAGUAGGCCCAGGACAGAAGCCUGGCAACUGGGUGCCAGACACCCACCCUGGGACACAGCCACCAUCACUCCCUAACCCACAC